AGGGUCUCAUUCAUGCUCCACCACAGCGGCGCACUCCAAGCCUACUGGCCUCAAGAUCAGCUGUUUUGAUCCGAUCCGGCCUUGUGACAAAAGAAGACUUUCUGUGCGCAGAUCUACUUUUAAAGAACAUCUAUAGUCCCUCCUGGUCCUCUCUGUCGGAGCAGAUGAUCCGCUACACUCCCACUUCUGCUCGAGAUGUUUGCUCGGACAAUGCUUGUAAUCUGUGGAGACAUAAUUUACAUUCAUCUUUUAAGUCUUGAGUGACAGAAAGUCAGUUCGGAUAUAAACUGAGUCGUAUUUGAAGUCAUAAAACAGCAGCAGUUAUUUAUUCUUAUUUCUUAAAAGCUCACUGAAAGCUACUUGUGCUGCGCUUUUGGAGGAGCGCUGCGCUCUGAAGGGGACAUUCUGUUUGUUGCUGAAGUGCUUCAGGAAGUCCGAGUCAUCUUUUAAUCCAGAAACAAAUAUAAUUAUAAUAUUUCAAAAAGUGUUCAACAUCGCCCAGGACAAGGCUUUAAAUGUUCGGGAUUCAGGAGCAGCUGAUAAGAGACGUGAGCGGAUUAAAAGAGAGAACUCUUGGAGAGGAGAUGGAUCCAGUCCGGUCGUGGGUGCGUAAUGUUGGGGUUGUGGAUGCAAACGUUGCAGCGCAAAGUGGAGUGGCCCUCUCAAGGGCCCAUUUUGAGAAGCAGCCACCCUCCAAUCUCCGCAAGUCGAACUUCUUCCACUUCGUCUUGGCCCUCUAUGACAGACACGGACAACCUGUGGAGGUGGAGAGGACAGCAUUUGUGGACUUUGUUGAGCAUGAAAAGGAGCAGACUGGAGAAAAGACAAAUAAUGGCACUCAUUAUAAGCUACAGCUUCUCUACAGUAAUGGGGUUCGCACAGAGCAAGAUCUUUAUGCACGACUUAUUGACUCCGUCACUAAACAGCCCAUUUCAUAUGAAGGACAGAACAAGAACCCAGAAAUGUGCAGAGUACUGCUCACACAUGAGGUUAUGUGCAGCCGCUGCUGCGAGAAGAAGAGUUGUGGCAAUCGUAAUGAGACGCCCUCUGAUCCAGUCAUCAUUGACAGGUUUUUCUUGAAGUUUUUCCUGAAGUGCAAUCAGAAUUGUCUGAAGACAGCAGGGAACCCGAGGGACAUGAGAAGAUUCCAGGUGGUCUUGUCCAGCACAGUGAGCGUAGACGGACACGUCCUGGCCGUGUCUGACAAUAUGUUUGUCCACAACAACUCUAAACAUGGCCGGCGAGCUCGCAGAUUGGAGCCGGGAGAGUCUGUGGAGAACACCAUGGAAUACGCUACUCCCUGCAUCAAAGCCAUCAGCCCCAGUGAAGGCUGGACCACCGGCGGGGCGAUGGUCAUAGUCAUUGGGGAGAACUUUUUCGACGGACUGCAGGUGGUGUUUGGAAGCAUGCUCGUGUGGAGUGAGCUGAUCACUCCACAUGCGAUCCGUGUACAGACGCCUCCUCGACACAUCCCUGGGGUUGUGGAGGUAACUCUGUCAUAUAAAUCGAAGCAGUUCUGCAAGGGAGCACCUGGACGCUUCAUCUACACAGCCCUUAAUGAGCCAACUAUAGACUACGGUUUUCAGCGACUUCAGAAGAUAAUUCCCCGGCAUCCAGGUGACCCAGAGAAACUAGCCAAGGAGAUUCUCCUAAAAAGAGCAGCAGAUCUUGUUGAGGCUCUGUAUGGAAAUCCACACAGUAAUCAGGAUAUGCUGCUGAAACGUGCAGCUGAUAUUGCUGAGGCACUCUACAGCGUUCCUCGUCCUCACAGUCAGCUGCAGGCACUUCCCAGCUCACCAGCCCAUGGGAGUGUUAUGGGUUUGGGCUCCUAUCCAUCCCAGUUAGGGGUCAGCAUUGGAGAUCCAGGACAGAGCAGCCAAGGUUAUAUCCGUAACUCCAGCAGUUUGUCCCCAAGAGGUUACCCCUCAGCCUCCACUCCCCAGCAGUCGAGCUAUGGGGGCAGCGGGGGAAUGACUGGAGGCUACGGUACAGUUCCAAUGACAAGUCUGGGUGUUCCUGGGUCUCCUGGAUUCAGCAGCGCCUCACCCACAAGCUCUCCCUACAUAAUGCCAGCAAGCCCCACAAUACCAGGAAGCUCCAGCUCCUCGUCAUCUCUCUUGCCUUUCUCCUCUUUCCCUUCCGCUGCUAAACAGAAGAGUGCUUUUGCUCCCGUCCUCAGACCCCAAGGUUCUCCUUCCCCCGCCUGCCCUGCCUCGGGGGGGAACAGCUUCAGAGGUAGUCAUCCAACUCACUAUCUGACCCCGCUGUCUGAACUCACCAAUGCAGUCUAACUAUACUAACCAGCUCAAAAACCAUGACUGAACACGGCUUGGAUGAUGUACAGUGAUGAAACGCCUGACUGAUUUAGAAUCAUAGAUUUUGUAUAUUUUUUUCUCUCCAGCGAUGACGGGCCUGGUUGUCCCCCCGAUGUAGCAAAGCACCUGUCCCCAAUCUGCCCCAGACCACUGCUUCACUUACCUCCCCUUCUUUUUGGCACUGAGCAGGGAGAGUAAAAAAAAACGGAUCACUAGUGAACGUAACUUUUCCUCUCUGAUUCCACCCGCUGUUUCCAAACCCCCAACUUUUUGUGACCAUGCAAAGGAAACGGGGCUUGGUAUGAAAAUAUCCAAAGACCAGCAAUCUUCUCCAGAUACACAAGAAAACACAACAGCCUGAGCCACAAAAAGCAAGACUGAACAGUUUACUGCAGCGUGUGUAUCUGACAGGAAAGAAAACUCCUUUUUAAUAUCCCAUGAAGCUUCAGAAAGGAUCUGCCCUUAACUCUGAUCCAGCUGUAUCCAAUCUUUGCAACACCUGCAAAAGACCUACAGGACGCACUGUCGGAUCACUGAGCGUCGACUGAGGACGGGCAGUUCAGAAACGAAGCUGCGGCUCUAAAAAAACAGGGUGCCUAUUUUGUGAGUGUCUAAACACCCUAAAUGGCAUGUGUGUACACCAUCUAUGGGCUAGCGAGAGGUUGUUUUGUAGUAGACUUUUUAAAGAAAACUUACAUUCCAGAAAAGUAGAACCUUUAUAUUUUGUUGUGGCAGUUUUUUUUUUUUUCACGAGAUAAAAUUUUGUCUCAUGGGUUAUUACUAAAAUGAAUUCAUAUAUUGAUUUAUUUAAGAACAAGCAAUUUAACUUAUUAAAGUUAGUUUAGGGAAUAAUAUAAGCGUGUUUUUUUUAUAAACUGGUUCUCCUUCCAAGGGUUGAUGAAAUUAAGCAAGCUCUCCAAUUGCCAAUUACUUUGACAAAUAACUCUCUGAAAUGGAUUUUUUUAGUGGAGUUUUUUUUUUUUUAAUUAAACUCCUACUUUUCAGGUUCUUGCAAAAGCAAUUAAAUGUGUUUGGUCACGGUUAAAGGUUAUUGUCCUAAUGUAAAGGGGAGUAUUAGUUAGCUGUAUCCUUUUCAUUUUCACCUAAAAUGCAUGCUUUUUUUCACCAAUGCUCUGGUACAUUUUCAACCUGAAAAAGUUGUGAACUUUCAUUUUUUAAUGUCUAGUCACUAUGCAGUAUAGAAAGCAAAAGCACAACAGUUCAAACAAUACAGAGUUGCAUUAGGUGGUCUUUUAUCAAUGUUCUCAUGUAAUUGCAGCUACAAUUCCUUGUAAAGGUAUUUAUACCUGUUGAAUAUGUCCACGUUUUCUUAAUUUGUGAAACACAACUUCAAAGUGAUAGACCAGCACAAAGCAAUGUAUGUAUAAUUGUGAAAAGAAAGAAAAGGGACAGAAAAUGUCUCCCUGUUUAUUUUUCUUUUUUUCUUUCUUUUUUUUUAAAAUAAAACAUACAAAGGGGGAUGUCCGUUUUAACCAAACCCCAUGAGUCAAUGCUGAUUUAAAAAUGUUUUUUUUGCUGAAAUUAAAGCUGCAAGUGGUUUGGGUUUAUUUUAUUUCAGAUUUUUGCUAAUAUAAGGCCUUUAAACAUCAACUGUCAACUUUUGUCACUGAUAUUAAAAUAUGUUCAAGCCUGGGCUCUGACAGGGACAUUAUAGCAUACUGAGCUUUAAACUAAUUUCCUUGUAUAUCUGUCAGUAUAACUGCUUUCCUUCUGGAAGGUUACAUUUUACCUUUUUUUGCAACCUCUGAUUCCCCUAGAGUUGUUAAUGUUCACUGAUCUUCCCAUCAACUUUACCCAGUUGGUUUGUCCUUGCUAAAAAUAAAAAAUCCUCCUACAUUAUGCUUCUACCACAAUGUUUCACUAUGAAGAAGGUAUUCUCUAAUUAAUGCUCUCCUUUUUACAGGCCAUGGAUUAAAGUGGCUUUGUCAUGUUUUGGUAGGUCUGAAAUUAAGCCAUAGUUUUCCACCUUUAGAUGAUGGAUUGUGAACAGUAAAGCCUAGUUUUAGAACCUAACUUGGUUUUAUAAAUUCUCUUAUAUUUACCCCUGACCUGACUAUUGGAUUUAUUAUUCCGUGGUGUUCCUCAUCAAAGCUUACAUUACAAUGUAAAAAACUUUUUUUAUGCAUAUUUAUUAAAAGGUAUUGUUCAAUUUACAAUUUUGUACCACUUUGUGUUGGUCUUUCACAUAGGUUUUACCAAAAUAAAUACAUAUUUUGUGGAUUUAACAUUAAACAGUGACAUAAAAUCAAAAGGUAUAUGAAUACAUUUAAAGGGACAGCAUUAGUUUUUGCAACACAAAAUGCAUUCUCAGGACGUACACAAAACGAACGCAAAGAGUAGCUGACAUUUGCAAUUCGGUUGUUAAAUUUCAGUUAAUCUUAUUUAUUUAAGAAAAUUGUUAGUAAUUUGUAAUUAUGUUUUUAAGCCAUCUUUCUUUUGAAGUGAUACAAGAAAUGGUACAAAUGUGAUUUGUAAAUUUUAAGGUGUAAUUAUAUUUUGUGCUUCAAAUAAAAUGAGAAAAAGAAAGCA